AUGGGUUUGGGAGAAGAGACCGCCUGUGAGGAAAUGAGACCGGGGGUAGUAGAGGCGGAGGAUGGAGCAGAUGGCGAGAAAAGACUAGAGGUAGUAGAGGCGGAGGAUGGAGCAGAUGGCGGGAAAAGACUGAAGGUAGAAGCGGCGGAAGAUGGAGCAGACGUCGAGAAAAGACUGGAGGUAGAAAAGGCUGAGGAUGCGGCCGAUGAGGAGCCAAAGGUUGAGAGGCCGAAGAGAGAUGGGGAGGAACCGGCGGAGGAAGAAGCGCCUAGGGAGAAACCAGUGGCGGAAGAUGAGGCGGCGCCAGCGGCGGUGGGAGCGAAGGAGAAGGGGGAGGCGGAGGAGAGGGAGAAAGAGGAGGAAGCGGAAGAGACUGAGGUUGAUCAUGGCAUAGUUGAUUCAAAUUCCCGUGCUAUUGCUUUGAGACCUUCGGUUAAUGGCACUGUUCUCGAUGUUUACACAAUUUAG